AUGGGAAGAAAGUGCUGCGUUCCGCGUUGCUGUUCAAACUACGAUGCCAUCAUUAAAAGGGGACAUGCCGGUAUUAGUACGUUCAAGUUUCCGCGCGAUCCCACACUAAGAGAACGUUGGAUAAAGGCCGUUCCGAAAACAAACUGGAUUCCCUCGAAAGAGGCGUGCAUUUGCAUCAAUCACUUCCACCCUGAAGAUAUUCUCAAGUACGAUAAACCCGCGAAACUAAAGCAGAAUGCAGUGCCAACGUUAUUCGGUGAUAACCUUAUGAAUGUUCAAUCAAAAUUGGCACCCAAAUCCAGCGGAGGAACGACGAGGACGACCAAAUCAAGUCAAAUCGAAUGCCAGACUAUAUCCUCGGCCGAGCACAUCCUCGAAGAUUGCAUAAUAAAUUUUGAAAAUUUCAAGGAUCACGUGAACGAAAAACUCCAGCACUGCAAGUGGAUACUAUUGUUGAGUCGUGAUGUUGUGCAUCUGUUCACCGUGAUCGUCAGGGACGACCACCUUCCCAUACAAGUGGGAAAUAGUCUUCAGGUGUACCGCGACCUAAAGAUACGAUUAUUCCUCUGUGAUGAAGAGCAAAGAGCCGAGCAGCUUCGAUGGAUUCUUGGGCUAGACGAUAGGCUACUACGUUGGUCGCAGCUGGAGACCAUUAUGAACAAAUACGAUGACAUCAGCGAGCAAGCAGCGGGAAAGCUACACCCGUAUUCGCCGAAUCAGACUGAAGAAUCGUUGGAAGAAGACCAACUUGACUUGGGGUCUCAUGAAGAACAUCUAGAAGACCCAAUCGACGGAGAAGAAGCCAAACAUCAUUUACAGUCCUUCGAUAAUGAGAAAACUAUGACGAGUACAACCAUAGAAUUGGAGAUCGAAGAACAAGACAUUGAGCAAAAUUUGCACACUGUUGAGGUUGAUGAUCACUUUUUGGAUAUCGAUGGGAGAGAAUGUUCUGAAACUGAGUUAGAGGACCACACUCAGCAGCAAGCUUUUGAGCUAAAACAUUUUGCCCCAUACAAGUCGACCUAUUCCAUUAUGCGCGAGUUGCGGAAUACGAAAAAUAAGUGCUUCGUGUGCGACGUCGAGCAUGAGACGUUAGAGGAUCGCGAUCAGCAUAUGCCAACCCACCUGUCGAUGCUGCCCUACCAGUGCCAGCUUUGCGUACGAGGAAAAGUCAUCAUUAAAACCCUAGCCUCGCUAAACAAACAUUUCCUUAUGCAUCGGAAACCGUUAAAGUGUCGUUUCUGUGACGUUCGCUUCAAUAGCUACGGUUCGCGCAGUCUACACGAAGAUAUCAAGCACGGUGGAGCGGUAAACAUAACUUGCGACGUUUGUCAGCGGGAUUUUUCGUCAAAACGCAGCUACCAGUAUCACCGCAAGAUCCACGACGAUCCGGAGGCAUUGCGGUGCAAACUUUGCGGUCGAAUACUAUCGUCCGCAUACGAAGUGAAGGCUCACAUGCGUACGCACACGGGCGAAAAACCAAACCAAUGUGCGUUCUGUGCUGCGUCGUUCAACAGGCGAUCGAAUCUCAUCGAGCACAUCCGCCGCUAUCACAGCCUAGAGCGCCCGUUCGAGUGCGACGUUUGCGGGGAACGAUUCCGAUUGAAUGCAGGACUCAAGCGACACCAGCAAUCGCACGAACCAAACGUGUCCGCCACAGGUAAGCGAAGCAAUAGAGUAUCGCGAGCGCCCAGGCUCUUCCACUGCAAGGAGUGUGAUCUUCAGUUUGAUUCCGCUGUUCGGUAUCACUCGCACAAGCGCCAACACGAUAGGAGGUACCAGUGCAGUUACUGUGGCAUUCGGAUAUGCCAGUUGCGGGAUUUUGAAGAUCAUCAGAACACACACACCGGGGCCAGGCCGUACGUGUGCAAAACUUGCGGAAAAUCGUUCAAAACCGCCUCGACCUACUAUGGACACCUGAUGGUGCAUCGGGCCGAUAAGAAGCACGUUUGUAGCGUUUGUGCGAAAGGAUUCAUCCGACAGCGGCACCUACAGAUACACAUGCGUACACACACGGGCGAAAAACCGUACAGCUGUGAUACGUGUGGUCAAAAGUACGCCGAUAAGAAGUCCUUCAGUCGGCACACGCUCACCCAUCAGCCUACGGUGGGCGAUAUGUUGAGAGCGAAGGAAAUGUUGUCCAAACCGACAACUGGGACGCAUACAAGCUUGGCCUUGGCUGCGUCUUCUGGUACCAAUGUUGCGGUUAAUCAGGAAACACACCGUCACAACGCCUUCACGUACCCGCAAUCUUCGGGUGGUGGCAUCCUUGUGAUGCCUUCUGUUGCACAAAGUGCCUUAGAAAAUGCGACCGUUUUCGAUGUCCUUUCCGAUGGAUCUUUUCUGACAGAUUUACCACAAACUAUCACCACAAACGGGGAAGAUGGAACUAUUGUUAUUCCAGCAGCUACACAAAACAUCAUUCUGGUAGAAAAAUAG